UCUGCGGAGAAAUGUCCCAUAAAGCAACAGGAAGCGCUCUCGCUCUCUCUCUCUCUCUCUCUCUGAGAAUUAGGGACAAUCUGAGGAGAGAAAGGGGGGAGAGAGAAAUGGCCAAGAAUGGGGAAGUGCGGUCGAGCUUCCCGUUGAGCUUCUGGGAGGUGGCGGGGGCUUCGGCGGUGGUGAUUGGCUUCGUUCUUGGCCUCCUGGGCGUUUACCUGACCAUGCCCGCAUCUGAUUACAGCUUCCUCAAGCUCCCUCGCACCCUCCAAGAUCUUGAGAUCCUUCGAGACCAUCUUGAGGGCUACACAAGCGACUACACCCUGCAAGUCCUGGUUGGUUACUCCAUGGUGUACAUAUUCAUGCAGACUUUCAUGAUCCCGGGAACUAUUUUCAUGUCGCUGCUCGCGGGAGCGCUUUUUGGAGUUCUUAAAGGCAUGGCCCUGGUUGUGUUCACUGCCACUGCCGGCGCUUCGUCGUGCUAUUUCCUAUCGAAAAUGAUCGGACGGCCCAUUGUCUUCUCUCUUUGGCCUGAUAAGCUGAAGUUCUUCCAAGCUCAGGUGGCUAAAAGAAGAGAACGGCUGUUGAACUACAUGCUCUUCCUCAGGGUGACUCCGACCUUGCCUAACACGUUCAUUAACUUCGCUUCCCCAAUAGUUGACGUGCCAUAUCACACCUUCUUCCUUGCUACUGUCAUUGGACUCAUCCCUGCAGCUUACGUAACUGUCAGGGCUGGACUAGCUCUGGGAGAGUUGCAGUCCGUUGGAGAUCUUUAUGACUUCCAUUCCAUCGCCACUCUAUUUUUCAUCGGGGUCAUCUCGAUUACUCCGACACUUAUGGGCAAGGGGGCCUCAUAAUGCCAGAUUAUUUACUCUCUGAUCCUGCCUUGUGAGCAUGCAAAUCCUUUUCCUUGGGUCACCACUCAGUUUAAUGUCCACCUCUGUAUAGACAAGGAACAAAUAGUCCUAAACACGAAGCGCUCUCUAUGCUGAGCAAAUUUCGUCAGCACCAGGGAGAUUGAUCCUGCAUGCGAUAACUUGGAAAAAGCAUCGGUUACCAGCCCUUAAUCUCUACCCUGCCCUGAUCAAACAGGAAUUAUUAUCUUACUAUCAGCUAGACCGCCUAAACGGUGAAGGGUCUCUGUUUUUCAGUGUCUGUUCCUCGUACACCGGUUUAUGUUGUUCCAUUAGCAAGAAGGGAAACUGGAAGAAAAGAAAUUUCCCUGUAUAUCAUUGUUAAUGUUGACUAUUGAGUAGACUAUGUCACUGUAGAAUUGCAUUGGUGUAUUACACUCAGAUACCCUUUUCGAUUUAUCAUCUAAAUUCGGCUUGA